AUUCUCCCUCUCUUGCAAGUGGCGGUGCCUGGACUCUGCUUUCGGCUCCGGGAAUCGGUGCGGUCGGCCAGAGCACCUCUACGCUGGCAGGGCGCUAAAGGCUAUUUUGGAGAGCGGUGGCGGUGGUGGCGGCGGCAGUGGCUGGUGUGCCCAAGCGAGCUCCAGACGCACACUCCGCUCUCUGUUGGACCCUUUCCUCCUCCGUCUUCCUCCUCCUCCCUUCCCUCUUCCCCACCCCCGUUCCCCUAGCCCCACUCCUCCUCUUCCUCCUCCUCCUCCUCUUCCUCCUCUCCCCGUUCGGCGAUGCGAAUCUGUAUCGUGUAGCAGGAUUGGCGUUGCAAUGGCAACUGAUGGAAUGGGGGAAGGCAAGACAGCAGGGCUGGGGGCUUCGGACUGCUGGCGGGCGGGCCGCUGUCGCCGCUUGACGCUCCUCCGGGGACCUUCGCGAGUUACUUUGUAAAGGCGAACCCAGGCGAGAGAGCCCUGCUCGGUGUCCCGGGUCAGAGGCCACUUCCUGCUCCUCGGCUGUCCAAGCCAGGCUCCCACCGCGGGCACCCCGGCCCCCAGCCCGCGCCCGCCGCCAGCCCAGCGCGCCGCCGCCGCCGCCGCCGCCGCCGCUGCGGAGAUUGGAGCCCGCUUCCCUGAAGAACACUUCGCCUCGCAGCUCCCCUUCCCAUCACCGCCCCCUGCUCCUCCCCGGCGUCUGCGAUUUUCCCAGGCACCCAGUGUGAGUGCAGCGUGCGUGUGAGUGUGUGUCAGGGUAUUGUGUGGUGGGAGAGUGUGUGAGUGUGUGUGUGCAUGAGUGUGUGGAGUGCGGGGCUCCUGCGCUCCGCUCGCGGCCGCCGCCGGGGAAGGACAGACGGACGGCGCUUCCUCCUUCGGCGAGCGGUUCCCGGGCACCUCGGCUCGGCCCGGGCGCGAGUGGAGCGCGCCUGGCUGGCUGCCGGCCUCCGGAAGGUCCCGCUGCGUCCCCCCUGGGCUGGAUAUGUUCAUGUUCACGUGAAGAUGGAUUUACUGUACGGUCUCGUGUGGCUGCUGACAGUCCUCCUGGAGGGGAUCUCUGGCCAAGGAGUGUACGCGCCUCCCACAGUUCGUAUUGUGCACUCAGGCUUGGCCUGUAACAUUGAAGAGGAGCGCUACUCUGAAAGGGUCUACACUAUCCGGGAAGGAGAAACCCUAGAAUUGACUUGUCUAGUGACAGGACAUCCACGUCCACAGAUCAGGUGGACCAAAACAGCAGGAAGUGCCUCUGACAGAUUCCAAGACUCAAGUGUCUUCAAUGAGACUUUGAGGAUUACAAAUAUUCAGCGACACCAAGGAGGCCGGUAUUACUGUAAAGCAGAGAAUGGCUUGGGGUCCCCAGCGAUAAAGUCAAUCAGAGUGGAUGUAUACUAUUUGGAUGACCCAGUAGUAACUGUUCAUCAAAGUAUAGGCGAAGCUAAAGAACAAUUUUACUAUGAGAGAACAGUGUUCCUCCGGUGCGUUGCCAAUUCCAAUCCACCUGUUCGGUACAGCUGGAGACGUGGCCAGGAGGUCUUGCUGCAAGGAUCUGAUAAAGGAGUUGAGAUUUAUGAACCAUUCUUUACCCAGGGUGAAACAAAGAUCUUAAAACUAAAGAAUCUUCGACCUCAGGACUAUGCUAAUUAUAGCUGCAUUGCUUCAGUGAGGAGUGUAUGUAAUAUUCCUGAUAAGAUGGUGUCAUUUAGACUGUCCAAUAAAACAGCAUCACCGUCAAUUAAACUCUUGGUGGAUGAUCCUAUAGUUGUAAAUCCUGGAGAGGCCAUAACAUUAGUAUGUGUUACAACAGGAGGAGAGCCUGCACCUUCUCUCACCUGGGUCAGGUCCUUUGGGACUCUGCCUGAAAAGACUGUUUUGAAUGGAGGAACUUUGACCAUACCUGCCAUCACCUCAGAUGAUGCUGGUAGUUACAGCUGCAUUGCCAAUAAUAAUGUGGGAAACCCUGCAAAAAAGUCCACCAACAUCAUUGUGAGAGCAUUAAAAAAAGGACGAUUUUGGAUCACACCAGAUCCUUAUCACAAAGAUGACAACAUCCAGAUUGGCCGUGAGGUGAAAAUAUCUUGCCAAGUAGAAGCUGUUCCUUCUGAGGAGCUAACAUUUAGUUGGUUUAAAAAUGGUCGUCCAUUAAGAAGUUCUGAACGGAUGGUUAUUACACAGACUGAUCCUGAUGUCUCUCCUGGAACAACAAACUUGGAUAUCAUUGAUUUAAAAUUCACGGAUUUUGGGACGUACACAUGUGUAGCAUCUCUGAAGGGAGGAGGAAUAUCUGAUAUCAGUAUUGAUGUUAAUAUAUCCAGCAGCACAGUUCCACCCAAUCUGACUGUUCCACAGGAAAAAUCACCAUUGGUCACCAGAGAAGGAGACACAAUAGAACUGCAAUGUCAAGUAACUGGCAAACCUAAACCAAUCAUCCUUUGGUCUAGAGCGGAUAAAGAAGUUGCAAUGCCUGAUGGAUCAAUGCAAAUGGAGAGUUACGAUGGAACCCUGAGGAUUGUGAACGUAUCUAGGGAAAUGUCAGGAAUGUACAGAUGUCAGACCAGCCAAUACAAUGGAUUUAACGUGAAACCAAGGGAGGCCUUGGUGCAGCUCAUCGUUCAGUAUCCCCCUGCAGUGGAACCAGCAUUCUUGGAAAUCCGGCAAGGACAGGACCGAGGUGUCACUAUGAGCUGCAGAGUACUGAGAGCCUAUCCAAUAAGGGUGCUGACCUAUGAGUGGCGCUUGGGCAAUAAAUUAUUACGGACGGGUCAGUUUGACUCUCAGGAGUACACAGAGUACCCUGUGAAGAGUCUUUCCAAUGAAAACUAUGGGGUUUAUAACUGUAGCAUCAUAAAUGAAGCUGGAGCUGGGAGAUGCAGCUUUCUUGUUACAGGUAGGAUUCCAGAUAUUAUCUUCUUAUAUAUUUUGUUUUUUUAG